AUGGUAGAUCGACUGACUGUGGAGCAGAUAGCUGAAAUCAAAGAAACGUUUUCUUUAUUUGAUAAGAACGGAGCUGGGACAAUAAGCCUAGACGAAAUGGCAAUUAUUAUCAGAUCGCUUGGACAAACUCCAACUGAAGCAGAAAUCGAGAAUAUGAAAAGAGAAGCAGACCCAAAUAGUACCGGAAGAAUCGACUAUCCAGAAUUCCUAGCAAUUUUUGCAAAAUACCAGAGAGAUCCUAUUUCUGAGCAAGAAAUUCUAGGCGCUUUUGAAGAACUUGAUGAAAGAAAAAAAGGAAUGAUUUCACUUAAAAGGCUAAAGCAUUUAAUGUCGACAUGUGGAGAGAAUUUGACUGACGAAGAAAUACAAAAAAUGGUACGCUUGGCAAAUCCUGAUGGGGAAGGUAAUAUCAAUUAUAGAGACUUCAUUAGGGUGAUGAUGUCUAAAUAA